AUGUCGUUUAAAUCAAUAUUAGAAAUAGUUUUACAUUUACAGAAUUUCCAAAACAUAGACUUAUUUUAUUAAGGCUUAUAUUUUUUACGAUUUACAAUAUAUUAUUAAAAUCCUAAAGAUUAAGUAUUAAAAAAAAAAAAGGAAUAAAGUAUAUAAAAUAUAUAAAAGUAAAAAACAUAUGCACAUCCAUAUAAAUUAAGUGAGAAUUAUAAGCGUUAUAAAACUGAACAAAACGAAACAUUAAAAGGUUUAAAAUUUAACGAUUCUUAGUAUUUUCGGCCUGCUGGAAUAAUUGAAAGUUAGAAUGUUUUUUGUUCGAAGUCUUUUUUUAUAAAGUUUUGUGAAGAAGAAGUUGAAUUAAAUGAUUUUUGCCAUUUCAAUUUAGAAUUUGAUAUUGAAAAAGAAGCCAUAGAGUUAUAUAUGGAAACGGAAUUAAUGUUUUUCGAUUGUAUGAAUAUCAACGGAAACAAUAAUACUUUAAAUUCGUUAAAUGUAUAAAAAAAAAUAGAAAAUAAUAUUUAAUAAUAACCUCCUUCUUUUUCACAUAAAUGUAGUGAAGAAUAAAAUUUAUAUAAUGAAAGCAGAAGCCUUACUGUUAAUAAAUACAAAAUAAGUGACCCAUUUGAUGGAAUACACGAAUAUAUUCCUUUGUUUUUCCAAGAAUCAAACUUUUGUAUUGCAAAUGCUAUUAUACAUACAACAAGAUUAGAUUAUGCAUAUAGAUUAAUUCCUAUAUAGCUUUCUGAUUUUUCGAAAAUUCCUCCUGAGGAAAGAAUAGGGUAUAUCGAAUAAUAUAUAUAGAAAUAAGAUUCUUAAUAAUAAAAACAAAUGGAUGAAGCAUUAAAGAAAUAACUAAAUAUUAAAAAUAAUAAAGAAAUUGAUUAUGAAUAUGUGUAUUCUGUUUUUGUAGAUAAUUUGAAAAAAUCUUAUAAUAAAAUUUAUAAUCAUUAUAAUAAAAUUAGUAGUAGAUGCAUAUUAGAUUGGUAGAAAAAAAAAUUCAAGAAAUAUUUAUAACCUCCUAAUAGACUUAUAAUACCAGAAUAUGUUCCAAAUGAUUAAUAAUAAUAAUAAAAAAAUAUAUCCUUUAAUAUUUUAUUAGAAAAAAGAUUUAAAACUAAAGAUCCAGAAGUGAUUUUGCACGCAAUUUUAAAUGAGGCUAAUUUCGUGAGCAAUUAGUUAUAAUUAUUAUGGUAUAAAUAUCUUGAUUUAUAUAAAGUAUCUCCUGUUUUUACGUUUGUUUUGUUUAAAUAUGAAUAUUAUAUUAGGUUGAAAGAAAGAAUAAGUAUGUUUAUUAUUAAAAAGAAGAUUUAAAGCUAAAACUUCGCUAAAAUGCAUGAGUAAAUAAAUGUUGACUAAAAUUAAAAAAUAGCUUUAAAAAUAAGAUAAAACUUAGAAAUUAUAGACAAAAAAUAUCAUAACAUAAACUCUUAAAAAAUAAACUAACAUCCUUUAAUUUUCGAAGAAAUAAUAAUAAAAGAACAAAAAGAGGCAAAUGAAGAAAACAUAACAGACAGCACAGAUCCAUCCCAAGAAUAUUACAAAGGAAUUCAUUUAUUUAUAUUGGUCCAUGGAUUCUAAGGUAAUGCUUUUGAUAUGAAAUUAUUCAAAAACUACAUCAAUUAUUCAUAUCCGGAAGCCAUGUUUUUAUGUAGUUCAUACAAUGAGGAUAACACAGAAGGUGAUUUAGAAGAUAUGGGAAAAAAUUUGGCUAAUGAAAUAACUGCGUUUGUAUAAGAUAAUUGUUAAGGGGAUAAUUUAGGGAAGUAUACAUAUAUAUUUAUAUUUUAAAUAAUUAACAAAAAAAUAAUUAGACUUUCUCUUAUAGGAUUUAGUUUAGGCGGAUUAAUUAUUAGGUCAGCAUUGCCUUAUUUAGAGUAGUUUUCAUAAAAAACUUUCACUUUUAUGUCUUUAUCUUCCCCACAUUUAGGAUUUAUGUAUAAUUCUAAUAAAAUAAUCGAUACAGGAAUCUGGAUUUUAAAAAGGUGGAAAAAAAGUAUUUGCCUUUAAUAACUUACUAUGGCGGAUCAUUAAGAUAUUUAAUAAACCUUUUUAUAUAAAUUAUCUUAGGCUAAAGGACUUGGCUGGUUUAAAAAUAUAUGCCUUGUUUCAAGUUCUUAGGAUAGUUAUUCACCUUUUGACUCCGCAAGGAUUGAAAUGACUAAAGAAGCUUCAAAAGAUCCUAAAAAAGGAUAAUUGUAUAAUGAAAUGACUUAAAAUGUUUUGGGAUAACUUAGUACUAAUGUUUUAUAUAGGUUAGAUGUACAUUUUUAAAUUUAGGAGAAGUUACUUUUUAUUAUAUUUUAAUAUUUAAAUUAAUUUUUUUGUUUUAGAAAUAUUGAUACUUUUAUUGGAAGAGCGGCGCAUAUUUAAUUUAUAGAAUGUUAAUAAUUAAUUAGAUUAUUAAUUUUAAAUUAUGAAUAGUUUUUUAGAUGA